CGGAGGAAACAGCUUGCCAGGCCUACAUUAUUAUCUCUCACGCCGCGGCCCUGAUGUUCCAUCGAUGAUUGCAGCCUCUCUCGAUGGAUCCCGUCUCCGCCAUCGGCCUUCUGUCCGGCGUGUUUCAGAUCGCUCAGUUCAUCAAAGACACCGCCGGAGGACUGGCCCAGCUGUAUGGCAAAUACAGUCAUGCAGACCUCACUAUCCAAUCACUCAUCAGUGAGCUGACAAUCAUCCGAUCGGCCAUCACCCAGCUGCACGAGUGGGCGAACUAUAAUGUCCGGGACUCGGCCCAACCGGAGUUUGUCGACGGGCUCGAGAUCGCUCUGGACGGCUGUCGCGCGGUCAUGGGGGUUCUUUCUGACGAGGUUUUGGCUCUGACAAAGGGUGCGUCACUGAACGGCGAUGGGAUCGGAUUCCGAACCCGAGUGAAGGUCGUCUGGAAUGAAGAUAGCAUGCGAGAGCAUCAGGAAAGACUGCGGGCGCAGGCCCAAGCGUUGCAGCUCCUGCUGCAAGCCUGUCUAUGGUGAGCAUUCCCAUGCAGCAGCAAGCAGCAAUAGGUCACUGUGUGCUAAGGACGAGUUCUCAGUCGAACGUCAGCCGAGCAGGUCGAACUGCUACGAAGA